CAUGCACGUGCACUCUCACAUGGGGGGUGCGGGGCACCCGUGGGCGGAUAAGAUUGAGCACACGUGUGCAGACACACAGCAUGAACGUGCACAGGCCGUCAGAAGCACGACUGGGCGUGCAGGAGGGAGCGCUGGUGUGUAUGAGGUUGCGCAAAACUGCGUGGGGGUGUGGUGCACUUCAGAAAGAAAACAGAUAUCUUGUUAUUUCUUUUAUAUAAUCAUGUGAAAGAAUAAUGUGGGGAAAAGGGCCCGGGAGGAAGUUUGUACGGGAGAACUAAGGCCACGUUUUCACAGUUAUGUGCCUAACGUUAAGCAUCUAAAUCCACACUGAGCCACCUACACAAGUAGUCUGAUUUUCAGAGGUUUGGGGAUCCCACAGCUCCAAUGGGGAACUCAAGUUAGAAAAUUUAGUCUGUUGUGAAGGAGGAGAGCCUUGAGGAGCCGUGAGUGUGUCAAAAUGCACUACAGAACCUUUAGUGUGCAGUGGCCGGGUCCACAUGUUGUCUCUGUAAGUGCUGUGGGGAACAAGUCUGUUCUGCAGGAGUUUUGAAAAGCAUUUCUGUUGCAGUUACUUGAGGAAUGAAGUGAAACCAGAAGUACCUCCAUCCUGAAGAGAGUUAAACUGAAGAGAGCUGUGUGUCCAUCAACUGAUUCAUCAGUUGGCAGCAAAUAAAUAAAUAAAUAAAUAAAAGAAGAGGAGGAGAGCCUCAAACAGUCCAUUAAUCCUAAUGGAGAACCAGAGGUUUCAUGGUGAACAAACUUUUGUCUGAAUGUGGACAGUGAAAACAUGGAAACAUCAAACACGGAAGCAGGUUCCCUUGGCACUGGGGGCCCUGACAGAGACAUAAAUCCAGAAGAAGAAGUGUUUAAGAAAAGGACUGUUGUGGCUGGUGAGGCUUUUGAAAUUCCUAAAAUAAAUGGUGUCAACGAUGAUGAUAACAAUAAAGGAAGCAGAACUGUCCAAAGUGAAACAUGCUUUGAUACUGGUGACGAUUUGGAUGAAAAUUGUAUUAAAGGACUCAGUAGCACUCUACAAAUCCCAGACCUUGAGGCAUUGGGGCAAAAUGAGAAGUUACAUAGCAUGAAAAGCCGUUUGAAAGUCCAAAGUCCAGAAGAAUCAGUAACGUUACAGGGAGCGAGACUGACUGUUUUGAAUGCUGUCAAAACAGAGUUUCAUCUUAAUAAUGAAGGAACCAAACUGAAAGAAUUGUUAAGUCAAAUGGACUUUUCAGGAAAUCUUUCAAACUCCUGGGACCAGGGAACUCACUCCAAGUUGCCCAUCUUUCCUGAUCUGAAAGAGGAGAAAGAGUUGUUCAGCUUUCACCUCACAGCUUGCAAUGAGCAAGUUACAGGCAAGAGAGUGGGAGAAACACAUGCCAGUGACCGUGUUUCAAAUGAAGAGCAGAGUGAACAGUCCGCAGUUACUCUGAAUGUGGUUAACCAGUACAAGGUGUCGUCAGAAAGUGAAGUCAGAGUAUCUGGAGAGGGUUCAUCUUACAGCAGAAGCCCUUAUGUCAGAGAAAUAAAAGCAAAGGAAACAGAUUUUAAAGAAAAGCUGAUUGUGUCUGGUGGGCCUUCUGAAAGUCCUAAGCAAAAUUGUGACAAUGACAAGACGGGAAGCAGAACAAUUCUAAUUAAACCCUGUUCUGUAGUCUUGAAAGACCUCAGGGAUGAGUUAAAAGAAAAAUGCGAAGAUUCUUUAAUAAGCUUAGAUAUUGAAACAGAGUCACUAAAAAUGCAAAAUGAGAGGCAGGCCAGUUUUUCUGACCUUCUGGAAGUUCCUUUACAUGAUGUUUUAGAUAACAACAAUGUUAAAAACCAAAAUAAAAUCAUAAAAAUCCAAAACAUUAAGGCACUGUUGGAAAAUGAGAAAUUGAACAACACAGAAAAGAAAGAGAUCAAAAGUCCUGAAGAAGUAGUCACUUCAAGAGGACCAAAUAGUAUGGAUACAAAGAUUCACCAUAACUCUGAAGAAACCCAAGGAGAAGGGUCAUUUACUCAAAUGGACUCUCCAGAUCUUUCAGAUAUGAUUGAGGAGGGCAUUUUCUCUAGGCUGUCUCUUGUGGAAAAAGAGUAUAAGAGUUCUGCCAUAAAUCUCUCUAAUGUGGAAGAGGAAAGCUCAAGGGCAAAGAGGUUACAGUCAGAUUCUUGCCCUCUGUCCAACAUGACUCCCGAGGUACAGAAGGAAAAAAAUAGAGAAGUAAUAACACCUGUUGCAAAGUUUAGGAAACUCUGGAACAAUCCAGUUAAGCAAUUAGGAAGGGAAGAAAUAUCUUAUCGCUAUUUAGUGAUGAAUCCAAAUAGAAAAGGAUUUAAUUCUAGACUUUCAAGAAGACUUUUUACCAGUAAUAUUAGUCAGUCCAGCAGGAUUAUUCUGGCACCUGGGAACACUAUGCCGACUGAGGAUCUUCAAGGAAUUCCAGUAGAAGGUACCUCCACAUAUUUGUCAGUCAGCAAGACAGAAAAUGUGUUUGGUGAAGGAAAGUCCCGUAAUAGAUCUCUCCUGCCUGAUGAGAGUGAUAGUAGUGAACACAUACACGUCACAGUCUGUGAACCCAGCUGCAUUUCACCACUUGUUGUGGAAAAGUUUGAGGCUAAUCAGAAGGGUGAGCUUCUUAGUGCAAUGAAGAAUCACAUGCCCAGAGUGGAAAGUUUGGUUCAGUAUUUCUUAGAGGAAUCAGCUGAAGAAGUUUCCCAGGGACAGUUCAAUGUGGAUGAACAGAAAUCCUUAAACCAAGGAAACUUCAAAUCCAAUAAUGAAAGUGAUGAUAGUUCUUGGUUUCUGAUGGAAAUUGCGGAGGACUUAGAUAAUGUAGACGUUACGAAUGUCGCUGAUGGACAAAAUAAGGCUGUGCAACAGGAGACUAGAGGAGAGGAUUUGAAUCCUAGUAAGGUCACCGUGCAGUCACAAAGCAUGGAGGUUCCAGUGUCAGAGAGACACAAGGCAGAAAGUCAUUCUCGCUCCGAUGACAUAAACAAAAUCAAGCAAAAUGGUAUUAAAAAAAGCACAGCUCCUCGUUGUCUUGAAUCAGACAGAGAUGGACAAAUUAGUUGUGUAGAAAAAAAAGUGGCUCCGGAUUCAGCCAAAGAAACCUGUCUCACAGGGGAGGAAGAGGGCCCUUUGGUUCAUCAGUCACAUGGUGUGCAAAUUGUGUAUUACAAAAUGUCUGGGCCAGUAGUUGGACUCCUUGGAGUCCCUAGCAAGGCCUGUAAGCCAAGGAGACUGCAGAGACUGGUAGAAUUGGAGGAUUCUUCAGAUGAUGAGACAUGUGUUUGUUGCCAGCCCCCUAAGAAAAUGUCUAGGCCAGUCCUGGGAGUCUCCAGCAGCAAGGCUUGUAAGCCAUGUAAGAUGCGGAGAGUGGAGGAAUUGGAGGAUUUAUCAGAUGACGUAUAUGCUGAUUUCCAGGUUACUCAGGAAAUUAAAGACAGCGAUUACCAUCCAACACUGUAUAAAAAAGAAAUGAAGCAGCUCCUGAAACCAUAUGCAGCACAUGUGCUUUGGCAAAAGCCUUUGAACUCACAUUACAGUAAUGAAAAGAGGAGGAGGGGUAGGAGACCAGCCUCUAAAGAAGCUUCAGCUUCUGUUCAUAGUUUGCAGCUGUCCGAAGAACAAAGUCGAAUUAAGGUCGUUGACUCAUUGCGUGGGAUGCUACAGAAAAGGUUGGAGGAGUCUCCUCAUCUGGAUGUCCAUGAAGAUAUGAUAUUGAGAUUAGCAAACAAUGUGGAGAAGGAAAUAUUCAACCUCUUUCUUUGUGUUGACCAACGAUACAAAAACAAGUACCGCAGUCUCCUCUUUAACCUGAAAGCUCCAAAAAAUAAGCUCCUCUUCCACCAGGUGGUUCUUGGAGAGGUUUCCCCACAGUGUCUUGUUCAAAUGAAUUCACUGGAGAUGGCACCAAAGGAGUUGGCAGAGUGGAGAGCUAAGGAGAGCAAACAUGUGCUGGAGAUGAUAGAGAAACAGGAGCGAGAACCACCAAGGCGUUGCCCCACAAAACUGACCCACAAAGGAGAAAUAGAGAUACACAGAGAGGUGGAUGAGGACUUUACUUUGGAAGACCUAUAUGGAUCAGUUCUAUGUAUGGACAAGAAACGUAUUUCCCAGCCCGCUGCAGAGUCCAAAAGAGACACCACAGACCAGCACAGGAGUCACUUACUGGACCUAGACUGCCUUAUCUGUACAGGAAGGAUGGCUCCUGAUGGUGAGAGAGGUUUUAACCCACCGCAGAGCAAAUCAACCUCAAAGAAGAAGGCAGAAGACAGCUCCAGAAGAUUACAUUCAAGCAGUGUCAAUUCAGACAAAGAGAGAAAACAUCUGGAGAAAGACAGGCCUGCCUCAACCGGCGUCCUCAAGAAGAAUCCAAGGCUACAGAAGCGAGUCGAGGACACUGUGCUGUGGGAAGGAUUCAUUCAGAUGUUCAGCAUUAAACAGUUUGUGGCAAAAGCAUAUCCUGUUUCAGGCUAUGGCACUUACCUCAUUCAAGCGUUACCGGAGCUGAUUCAGUCGAGGGGCUGUAUUCUCCCGGAAGACGUCUGGGAUUAUUUAGAGAGCAUAUGGCCAGCUGAAGCCAAGGAGAUGAGCAUGAUACGAUUCUGCCCUGCCAUGACCAAAGACUUCAGAAUUUACAACAUGCUGUAUUCGUAUUUGAACAACAAACAGAGAUACGGCAUUGUGGACAGCAACGAGAUGGAAAUGUUCAUGGUACCGCUGCCAGCCUUCCAGCCAGUACCUGCCAAAUUCCAUCCACUUGGUGGCCCAGGUCUUGAUGCAAAUCACUCUUGCUUGUUGCUGGGACUGAUUCUGCCAAAGAAAGUCUCAGGCGAUCCCUCUACAAGUAGCACGGGGCCCGGCCUCUUAAGGGAAACAAAAAGAAAGACAGUGACUUUUAAAAAUAACCUUGUGACCAAAUGCUUUUCCCCUCCUUUGGACAGUUCUGGGAGCACCAAACUGGCUGAACCAUUUCAACAGGUACCGUCCAGGGCAUUCACAGGUAAGCGGCUGUCUAGGAACGAGUAUCCUCCAGCAGUUUCUCACAGCCAGGAACCCCUUACAAACAAUAAUAUGUUCGCUCUCAAUACGGCAGUGGGUGAAGUCGUAAAUGGAGGGACAUGCCAUGCAGUAUCUUCUUCACACUGCCAAAACAGAAAGGAGGAAACUGACCAAUCCAUGCAGGAUUGUGCUUUCCAUUCACUUAGCAACUUCUCCUGGAUGGUAGGGCAGUCCUACAGCAUGGCUCAGGAAUCAUUGGGAAGGCAGCACAAUAUGACUGGGGGACAUACGGAGACAUACCUCGCUGAUGCAGGACCAGCCGCAUCACAGAACUGGAAUCACGGACCAUUGUCUUCAUGCUCCUUAUGCUCCCAUGAAUGUGGUGGCAAUGUGGCCCUCGAUGCCAACAUGUUAGGUAUUCAGCAGUUAUCAGGUAUAUUUUAUCCUGGAGUUACAUCUUCUGGUGGAGUUUCUCAGGUGCCAUCUGUGCCCCAUCUUGUUUCCCAUGAACCUUCUGCUACCUCUGACCUCCAAAAUCAUGCUGCAACUGGAGACUCCAGUCCAGCUGUUCCUGUGGAGGAAGCAUUGUCUCUGAUCCAGCAUCUGGAGGCACUGGUGCAGUUGAAUUCACAAAUUCAGAACCAGACUCUAUUUUCACUUCCUUCAUUAGAUCUUUCUGCAGUCCUACAGGCAGCCGCACCCGGGGAAACUCAGAUUGUUGGAGGAUCCGCAUUUCCACCCGUCCAGCAAGAAAGUGGUGUGUAUCCCCAGUCUCAGUUGACCCUUCCUCCCUUUUGUGGACCAGUAUAUCCCCCUUCUGGUUGUUAAUUACUCCAUGCCCUCUAGGGAGCUCCACAGAGAAUCAUUUGUACAGUUGUCUACUCCCAACAUGAAAGCAGCAUAAUCAUAAAGAGUUUGCAACUCAUCUUGAAAGCAUCAACCUCUGGAAUUUAAAAGGGCCUCCCACUAACUUUUGAGAGUUGUGGAUAGGUUGAAACAUGCCCAUAUGGAAAGAAGGCUUACAGAAUUAUUUCACGUACCCUGGGAACAGAGGAAUAAUGAGCAGUGCUCUAAAUACGUCAGCAGCCACAUGCAGACGCCAGAUAUUGAUCAGAAUGGGAGAAGCAGGGCAAGUGUUACAAUGACUCAAUGUAAACUGUUUUCUGGUCACUCUGCUUUGUGUGGCCUUUGAAAAGGAACUUUUGGCCAUUUCCCUGUGCACUUGGGGCGGGGGGGGGGGGGGGAGGGGAGCGACAAGGAAGUACUGUGCGCAAGGAAAGGUGUGUGUGUGUGAGGGGGCAGAUCUGAGGCUUACUGAGAAAUAACGUGCUACUGAAAGAAGUUGUUUUUUUUUUUUUAAUUCCACCCAGUCCUGGUGGUGUUUGGAGCUUUUCCGUGUACUAAAGGUUUUAAGGUGACUAUUUUACAAUUACACCGAGCAUAAGUAGUUUCUCCCACUGGUGGAAAGGGACCUGCUGUUGAGGUGUUACUGGUGUUACCUUCACCAGAAAUGGCAAAAAAUGUUUUGUCUAUUUACAAUACUUACGGUAUUUUUAGAAAAGUUUGGUGCACGAUGUAAGAAUCCAGAUUUUCCAAAAAAAUGGGUGCUGGUUGUGAGAGGCACCUGUGAUGUAGGUGCUGUUAUUUUACACCACACCAUGACAGGUUUUUUAAAAUAUUGUAUUUGUUCUUUGACCAGGAACCAGCACUGCACAGUAACACUUGAGACUUGAGUUCAAAUGGAGGCUGGAUGCAUGUGUGACUUGCAAUCUGAAUCGUAGCAACCAUGGUCGGUUGUUCUAUUUUUAUGUUAUGGAACUUGCACUGUUUAAAAAUGUUCAGAGUAAGAAAAAUAAAGAUUCUUUAGCAGUUAUUUUUUAAAAGAGUCGCAGAGCA